GCAUGCGCAACAAAUUCUUGCAGAUUCUCUGUUGUUUACAUCGAAACGUAGGAAAAGUAUGCAUUAACAGUGAUAAAUGUGCCAUUUUGAGCACAAUUUAAGAAACUACAAUGAACGUAAUGAAGACAUAUCAUCUAAAAAGAAUUUAGACAAGGAAAAAUGGAAUCAAAAAUGACAACACAACAGGAAGUGAAUGUCAGAGUGGCAGUAAGGGUGAGGCCACUUCUACCGAAGGAGAGGGUAUCGGGAGAAGAAAUGUGUAUGCGGGUCGUGCCCUCCAGUAACCAGCUCAUACUGGGGAAGGACAGAGGAUUUACAUUUGACUACGUCCACUCACCAAAAGUCUCACAGGAAGAAGUAUACAAGUCAUGUGUAGAGUCUUUAGUGAGGAGUAUCUUUGAAGGAUACAAUGCUACUGUAUUUGCCUAUGGCCAAACAGGUUCUGGUAAGACUUACACGGUGGGAGGGGGGAACAUGAACGCUCUAACAGAGGAGGAAUACGGCAUUAUCCCCAGGGCCCUCAAAGAUAUGUUUGAUUACAUGCAGGCUAAUAAAGAGGUGGAAUACUCUGUGAAGGUGUCUUAUAUUGAGAUUUAUAAAGAGGAGCUUCAAGAUCUAUUGGACAUAGAGACACCAGCCAAUAAUCUCCAUCUCAGGGAGGAUGAUAAAGGCAAUACUGUGAUAAUAGGGGCCCGGGAGGUGGAAUGUGAGACACUUGAUGAUGUCAUGAGUCUGCUCGAGUCUGGGUCAGCGGUCCGAACCACAGGGUCAACUCAGAUGAAUGAACACUCGAGUCGUUCACAUUCUGUAUUCACUGUCAACAUAGGUCAGAAAUGGAUAGAAAAUGAUGUCAUGGCAGAGAAAAGAAAACAAAGUGAAAGCACUGAGUCACUGGAUGAAGAUAUCACCCACACUAUGUUUGGGAAGUUUCAUUUUGUUGACCUUGCUGGAUCAGAGAGGGCUCAUAGAACAGGAAAUGUGGGAGACAGGUUCAAAGAGUCAGUACAUAUAAACUCUGGACUGCUGGCCCUUGGUAAUGUCAUCAGCUCUUUGGGUGAUCCGAAAAAGAGAUCAACUCACAUUCCUUAUAGAGAAUCCAAAAUUACCCGACUUCUAAAGGACUCUUUAGGAGGGAAUGCCAAAACUUUGAUGAUUUGCUGUAUAAGUCCUUCCUCAGCCAAUUUUGAUGAAUCUCACAAUGCUCUGAAGUAUGCCAACAGGGCCAAGAAUAUAAAAAAUACCCCUAUAGUGAACAGAGAUGUGCAGUCUAUUAGAUUUGAAGAAAUGCAGUGUGAAAUAAAGGCAUUGCGGGAGGAGUUGGUAAGACAGCGGACGUCUAUGCUGAGUAAUGGGGGAGGUGACAAUGUCUAUAAUCCAGAGAAAGCCAUGCAGGAUGCACAGGAGAUGAAGAAGUUAGAACAACAAGUCAUCAGAUUACAGACUGAGUGUUCCCAUUACAAGAUGAUCGCGGAGGAGGCAUACAGACAGCUGAUAGAGAUUCAGCAGCGAGACAUUCUGUCUAAGAGUCAGGACUUCAGACUAAAGGACUGGCUGGACCUGAUGGAGGAGAUCAAAAAUAAGGUUCCUGCUACUCUUACUAAAGAGGAAUUAGAAAACCAGACAAUUCGAGAUCUGCAAUCCCAACUCAAGAAGUGCAGGGAAGAUCUCAAAAGUGAUGAGGAAAUCUUUGCUGAGAAAAAUAAGGAUUUUAAUGGACUGAUUGACAGAAACGAGGAACUGGGUAAUUUGCUGGAGGAAACCAAUAAGAAAUUGUCUGAGGCUGAGAUCCAGAUCAGGAAACAGGAACAACAGAUGAUAGAACAGCAGAUGAAGAUAGAGGAACUACACAAAGCUCUGAAGGAUGAUGUACAUGACAGUGUUAUAUUGACAAACCAGGAUGAGCUAUUCAGUGAGAGCAGUAUCCUGGAUGAGGAGGCUGUGGCGUCCAGUGCUCCGGCCGGAAUGACCGGCGGUCAGCGACCAAAGUCUGUACCUGUCCAGUUGUCAAGGAGACCAGACGCAUAUCCUGGACUGAGGCCACCAUCUAGAAACAUCAAGACGAGCCCGGCGUUGUUCACGCUGGAGCGAGUGAUGAAGAGUUUCCGGGCUCGGAGUCAGUUACUGGUCAGUCGUCUGGAGGACAGUGACGAGGUCAUGCAUCAGACAUUUGAGGAGGAGGAGACUAAUGUCAUUGGUAGCAGUCUUGGGAAUGGAAGCAAAUUUAAAAGGAAAGGAACAUACAAAGUAAAGAAAGGUGCAGGCAACACCGAGGACAAUAAAGAAAAUAAUGCAGAUCAGAUGAACGUCCCAGCCAUCCGAAUCAGUAAGCCAGCUUUCCGGGGGAGUGUGUCCUCCUCGGCUGGGGACUCUGUGUAUGAGACCGUGGAGGAUCGCCUCAGGAAGAGCAUCAACACACAGAGGAAGAUCAAGGAGACACAGAUCAAGAUGUCUGAGGACCAUCAGAAGAUGAGGGACCUCUCCAUAAACAUCAGAAUGAAGGAACAGCUUAUAAAGGAACUUGUUAAAACAGGAAAAGAUGCUGAAGUCCUCAAUAAACAGUAUGCUGAGAAGAUUAAACACCUGGAAAAGGAGAAAGAGAAGACAAAGUCAGAUUUGGAGGAAACUCAGAAAGUUCUGACAGAGUUAGAGACAAAUAAACAUCAGGAAAAAGUGGAAAAACAGAGACUACAGCAAGAAUACAAGAAAAAGUUGGAGCUUUCAAAGGCAAAAAUGUCUGCCAUUCAAAGGAAACAAAAAGAAACAGAGAAAAUUGCCAAUUUCUCAGCACAAAAUAGCAAAAAGAUUUCUGAUCUGGAGAUGCAGGUGGACAGGAUGAGACAGCAACAGGAUCAGUUACAGAAACGACUCAAGGACGAAUCAGAGAAGAAGGGCAAACUGGAGAAAGAGAUGCAGAAGGAAGCCCAGAAGGUCAGAGAUUUACAGAAGAAGAACGAGCAUCAGGAGAAAUUACUGAAGAAGAAAAACGAGGAGAUAGCUGCCGCGCAGCGUAAACUAAAGACCGGGACAUUACCUCCCAUACAGAUUGAUGACAUGGAGAAGAUAGAGGAACAGAAGAGGUGGCUGGACAACGAAGUGGAGAAGGUGGUGGAACAGAGGAGACAGGUGGAGGAACUGGAAGAGAUUCUCAGGAAAAGAGAAGAAAUUGUCAGCAAGAAGGAGGCUAUACUGAAUGAGAAGAGUGAGCUGGAAAUGAAGAAGUUACGAUCUAGUCAAGUGGUGAAUAAGAACAUUCUGACUGUGUCCUCUAAGUUGGAUACAGUGGAUAGGAUGAUAGAUGAGAAGAGCAGGGAACUAGCUCACACACCGUUAGAGGACCAGCAAAGGAUUAAGGAGGAGCUGGGUUUGUUACAGGGGAACAGAGACACACUGCAGAGAAAGAGGGGGGUCCUGGAGGAGAAACUCAAGGAGGGGAGGUUGAUGUCACCCCAGGAUGAGAGGAGAUUGAUAGAGCUAGAUGAAGCCAUUGAAGCUCUGGAUGCUGCUAUUGAGUAUAAGAAUGACCACAUCAACAGCAAACAGCUGGAGCUAAGGCACUCACAGGUGCUCUCUCAGAGUGAAGAUUCUGUCAUGAUUAGACUAAAAGCACUGUCAGCUGUAGAAACCAAGACACUGCUUUCUAAGUACUUUGAAAAAGUGGUCAAUUUGAGAGAAAAGGAGAGGAAGACUGAUGUUCAGUGUAGUGAAAUGGAGGUGAAGUUGGAUGAGCAGGAGCAGUUGAUUCGUGAGUUGGAGGGGGCGCUCCAGCGGGCCGCGGUGGAGGUGGACCGGCGCCUGACAAAACAACAGAGGGAGUACGAACAGAAGAUGCAGCUACUGAUGCAACAGAUCACCACCAGUAGCACCGCAGUAGAGGACCAACCAGUGAUGGAAACCACUGAGACCAAAAUUCAUCGGUUGGAGAAGGACUUAUAUUUCUACAAGAAAACCAGCAGAGACUUGAAGAGGAAGUUAAGAGAAAUGUAUGCUUCAGGGCUUAUAAAAUCCCAUGAUGAUGUGGGCCUAAACUCUUUACAAAGUUCUGUUGAUGAUCCAGAGUUACCUCCCAUGUCAAACAAUCACUCUCACAUUCCAAGCUCGCUCAACAGGGAGAGAGAAAUCCGUCCACUGAGUGGUAGAAGUGAAGGUCAUGGUUCCAGACCUAAUUCAGCGCGGAAUGCCGUGGUGACACACACCAGUAUUACUCCAGUAAAAAUCUCCAGGAAUAAUCUCCGUUUGAUGACAGAAAAGGAAGUGUCCGUCCGGAGGUCGAAUCUCAGUACAAGUCAACAGAGUGUUGGAUCUCCACCCCCUCCCCAGGAUUCUCUCGACCCUGGCUGAGGUAACAAUCCUUGGGGCUGAAGCUUUGAGUCAUUAGUGUAUUAUUUUAUGUGUUCAUUCCUGACAUUUGGUUGGUGCUGUGUUAUGCCAUGGAAUAUCUCCCCUGAUUACCAGGUAGCAGUGGGGAAGUGAUAUAGUGCUAGUGACCACAGGGUGUUAAUAAUGUCUCCAUAAUAAUGACAAACAGAGGGUUACCACACAAUAAAAACUCCUGAUUCUGUCAUAAAGUCUGUGUACACAAUACAGAUGUAUAGUGAAGAUAUGCUUCUGAAGUGCUUAGAAGUGUGCACUGAAGAUUUAUUCACUAUGAGAGCUGUACAUUAUUUAGUUUAAAGAUUUGUCUUUUUUUAAUGAAAGAACUGCCAAUAUUGUAGUGAUAUGUCAGAAGGAUCUCAGUCUAAGCAUACAUGUGCACAUUUCAGGCUGUCAAGUUAUGAAAACCAAUUGUGUUGAUAAUGUUGUAAACAUCAUAUUGCUUUG